UCUCUAAUAUACAUAAGACUCGUAGAAGGUAUUACGGUAUAAAGCACUGACGAUAUUCCACAUCGACACGGAAAAGCAUUUUAUUACAAAAUCAAAGAGACAUCUUUACUACACACAGGCGGGUGUAUCUAAACAGUGUAAUAACUGAGGUGUGAGAACAGCAAUCGGCGACACAAAAUUACAUACUUACCGUUGCAUAAAGUGAGAUGACGCUGUUUAGUAAAAAUUUUAAAGUGAAAACAAACUCUCAACUUAAAGGAUCAGAAAGAAAAAAGCUACGAUUUGAGAUCUUGAAAAAUUUUCCACAGUUGAAGGAGGAAGAUGUCUUAUCUAUAAUACCAAAUAAGGAGGCAGCAUCUGUUGUGAAAGUCUUCACGCACUCAAAGGAUUUAGUCAUGGUUUACUUUGCUGUAAAUAAUCCAAUUGUAUUUGAAUAUGAAGGUGUUCUUUUCCCAACAGUAUAUUUACUGUGGCAAUUUCCAGAACUUCUGUACUGUUUCACAACAUGGCCACAGGUGUUCCCAAAACUGGCUGGUGGAGCUGACCUCAUGUUACCUGGUGUGAUUUUGCAAGGUGAAUACAAUGCAAAGUCAUAUGGCAACUUGCAGAAAGGAGAAAGAGUUGCUAUUAACACAACAACCAACCUUGCUCCAGUUGCUGUUGGUAUGACAUAUCUCUCAAGCACAGACAUGUUUCUUUGUGGCAAGAGAGGAAAAGCAGUGCGCGUUCUGCAUUUUCUGGGGGAUGACUUGUGGGCCCAAGGUACAAAAACAGCAGUUCCAAAUUUGGGACCUCCCAGUGGAUUUGCAUGUGAAAAAGAGGAAGAAGAACAUGAUUCUUUGCAAAAAGAUAAUUUGGUGUCACAGAUUAGUGAAAUUGUCAUAGACUCACCAAAGCCUGAAUCCUCAUGUACUUCUGAAACAGAAAAGGCAGAUGAGGAAUUUUCUAUAACAAAUACAAAUACCCUCACAGAUGAAGUUUGUGAAGAAACUUCUGAACAGUCGGAAAAAGAUAGCGAUGAAAAGGAACUUAUGGACGAGCUGAUAAUGUACUGUUUUCUUAAAGCAUUGAAAACGACAGCAAAGAAAGCAGAGUACCCAAUGCUGGCAAGCACAUUUUGUAAGCAGCAUUUAUUACCUGCCUGCCCUCCUGGUAGGACACUUGAUGUCAAAAAAACGAGCUACAAGAAACUGUCAAAGUUUUUGGUUGAAAUGGACGCAAUCAAUAUAAUCAAAGUUAAGGAACUUACCAAAGGUGUCCAACGAAUUAUGAGCAUUGAUCUUAGCCACCCAAGAUUUAGGGAAUUUGUGUAUGCUGAAGAAGAUAACUGCACAUCCCAGCCAGAAACUAAAGAUCAAGGUUGCAAAGGAAGCCCAGAAAUAAAAGAGAUGUAUGUGGUGACUGCUGCUGUCCUACCUUUGUUUAGGCAUUUUGGAUAUGUGAAAGGCACAAGUUUACCUGUCAGCCUUCUGAGAAAACACAUAACUGAUUAUGUUAAGGAGGAAAACUUGCAGAGUACCUCAGAUCGAAGGAUGGUAAAUUUGGAUGCUACUCUUAGAAAGGUUACUAAUACAAAUGAUGACACAUUGGCACUAAAUUGGGAAGAAUUGAUUACGAAAACAAUGUCUCGGAUGACACACUCCUACCAGUGUACAAUCUCUGGUAAAGCUCCUGUUGUCAAUAAAGGAAAACUUGAACCUAUAACCAUCCACGUUGCAAAACGCACAGGCAAUAAGAAGGUUACAUUGAUAGACAAUCUGGAAUUAUAUGGUGUGGUUAUGCAAGACUUUUCUCGUGAAUGUCAACAUGGCGUGGCUGCCAGCACAAGCAUAAGCUCAGUUCCUGGGAAGAAAAGUCAGCAGCUGAUGGUGCAGGGUGACCAAACGAUUUUUGUUGAAAAACUUUUGAGGACAAAAUAUGAAAUACCAAAGAGAUAUAUACUGGCUGGAAACUGAAGAAGCUAAACGGGUUGUCAUAUAAUGAGGCAACAUGGUAGGCUUGAAGCUACAGGUGACAGGAGUGGUGAAAUGAAGGCUGAUAUUUUCAUUUGAAGAUUUUAAAAUGCCCCUUUUGAAGAUUCACUGCAAUGAGGUGUUAAAUCCUAACAAAAAAUGUACUUCUGGUACUAGUUGAAUAAACAUACAAAUAUCUGUGAGUGUACUGUGAGAUCCUUAACUAGCGGAAUUGUGAUGAAAGGGAACCUUUUGACAUUCAUUCAUUGCAUGUACUUUCAAAGGGAAUGAUGUAUGUACAGCUGCUUUCCAGAAUCAGCUCAAGCAGCAUUCUGCGCGCAUUCAUGGUCUUGGCUCCUUCAUGAUUACAUGCAGAUUAAUGAUGCUUUCCCUAAGACGAAAGUACAGAAGCAGUCAUUCUGCACAAAGCAUGAAGAUACAAUAAGAUAGCCCUGAAAAUUGCUGCAGUCACAUAUGUACACAGAAGUUUACAUGAGUAGACACGGAGUAUCAUAAUUCCAUGUAUUAAGGAUCUCAAAUUGUAUGGGUUUAGUAGGUUUUCAUAUUUUAAUUGCUCGGCUUCUUAUGUUAAUAUGACUGUGGACAUAAUGUGUUAAUUAUACCUUCUUUUACAUUUUUUAUGUAUUUUUAUGAUGCUGGGUAAUAUUUGUUGCUGUAAAAAGUUCCUGGUAUUAAAAAAAUAAACAUUUUUUGCGUA